GGCUGUAGUGUCAUAGUAGUGUCGUGUUGAUUUUCCCACGGAUGCGACGUUGGGCCGUAGGGUUCCCCGAGAUUUCGACGUGCCGAGACCUGAGAGAGCUACGGAUAGAAGCCGGGCAAUCUCAGGAGCUGCGCGAGCUGAAAAGGGUUGGGUGAAUGGGAUUUAUUGGGUACAAUGUGGAAGUGCAUGCAGUAGUUUGGGAUACGGGGAUUGGAUCACAGCAUGGUAGUUGGGAAAAGGAGUUCGGUACGGAUACCCUGAGGAGGUUGCCCGGCAGCUCGGGUGUUAUCAUUGUCGCAUCACGAUUGUCAUUUGAUGGGUUUGGAGUUCAAGUCGCGUACGUCGUCCAACCAAUAUACUGGGAGGUAUCCGUACGGGAAGAUAUCGUAUACGAGAGGCAUACAACACCCUCCGAGACGACGGUUCCCGGAUACGCUCGGUUCUGUAACGUUGAAUUCGGUAUGAUGCCGUGUAAGUGUGCACAUGGGUAUUAUUGGAAACACCAUACUCCGGACUCCGUACAGAAUAUCCGGACUCCAAGAGCUGCGACCUGUCGUGACGCGUGGGACGAGGGAAGGAAGUCUACACGUUGGAACGAUUUAAUUCAGGAACAAUCGCGAACACGCGCCGUGGCUGAAGCGCUGCGCGAUUGUGUGAAGUUCCGAAAUAUUACAAAACUAGGUGUCGGUACAGCAGUGCUCCGUACGAGGUGGUCAAACUAUUGCGCAAUCAGGCAAGGUGCUAAAAUUUUGGGUUUGAUGAACUAA